UACUUGUACAAUAUUAUACCCGCUUUGUUACGCUGAAUUAUAUACUGCGUUCACUUUCCAAGGUUCUGAAACUUAACAUCCGCAGAGGCGCGCGGGAUCUUUGACCAUACCAACAACGUACGUGCAGUCACACAAUUCAAGGAAAGAGCAAGACCACACCUCCCAGGACCGAUCACACCAAAAUGGCGACCACAGACUCCGUCGCCACGGACAACAAAAUCUACGCCCUCAUCAACUACGAAGACCCUUACGUCCAACCCCUCAUCCUGUCCGCCCUCAAAAAGCGCUUACCGGGAUCGUCAUACCAGUUGAUCACUUCAUCAUCCCAACUCCCCUCGUCAUCUUGUCGUCUUCUUCAGUGGGUGCAGUAUGAGUCAAUUGACUUUGACCACCUCAUGGAAAACUCCUCUGGUGGUCUCGCCAACGCCUACGUGAUUCGCAAAGCACUGAUCCGGAAACAUUAUCUGAGUACUACUAUCGCGAAUUGGAUCACCAAAUACCCCGAGAGCGUACUCAAGAAACAUGUAAAACCAAGCGUGGAAUUUGAAGUCGAUUACGCCGAAUUUUUAGAUGACGCGCUGGUCGAAGCGUGGGAGUUGAAGGAGAGUUGGGCUAGGAACGAAGACCAAGAAGAUGAGAAGAAGAAGGAAUGGUGGAUUCUCAAGCCGGGCAUGAGUGAGAGGGGGCAGGGGAUUAGGCUGUUUUCUAGUGAAGAGGAACUGACUGAGAUUUUUGAGGAGUGGGAUCCUGAGAGUGAUGAUGAGGAUGAAGAUGAAGAUGCAAGAAGUGAUGCUGGCGGUGGAGAUGGUGACAGGAAUCAAGUACAAGAGAAAGAUGAGGGAAACGGCAUCAUAACAUCCCAACUCCGCCACUUCAUCGCACAACCUUACAUCCACCCACCUUUACUCCUCUCCCCUCCCAACGCGCCCUCUUCAAAACUGCGCAAAUUCCACAUCCGUACCUACGUCCUCGCCACCUCCGCGCUUCAAGUAUUCGUCUAUCGCCCCAUGCUCGCUCUCUUCGCUGCACGGCCCUACGUCCCGCCUUGGGACGACGUGUUACAGGAAGAUCGCGAUGAGGCUAUGCGGGCACAUCUGACAAAUACGUGUUUACAAGAGAGUGGAGAUAGGGAGGGCAGUGUCGGGUUAUUCUGGGAUUUACCGUCUGUUUUACCUUCGCAACCCUCCUCUCCCCCACUGACUGUGUCAUCUGACUGGAAAGAUGAGGUGUUUAAACAAAUAAAGGAAACGACGGGUGAGACAUUCGAAGCCGCAGCGAGGGGUAUGUCGAUCCAUUUCCAGCCUUUACCUAACAGUUUCGAAAUCUUUGGCUUGGACUUCAUGGUGGGCAUUGAAUCGGAUGGCGAGCUCAAUACGUAUCUGCUAGAGGUAAAUGCGUUUCCGGAUUUUAGGCAGACCGGGGAGGAGUUGAGCGGGAUGAUUGAGGGGCUUUUUGAGGGGGUGGUGAAAAGGGGGCUUGUGCCUUUCUUUGGGGUUGAGGGGGAGGGUGGGGAGGCUGAUGAUGGGAUGGUCAAGGUGUUGGAUAUUGAUCUGGGACGGCGGUGAGAGGGUAUCUUAGAGAGAAAGAGGUUAGACGACAUUGCAUGUUCACGUCAAAUAAGCACGAUCAGAGUUAUCACUCAUAUUUUCCUUGAUCUAUACUACGUUCCCUGUCCCAUCCCCCCAUUACCAUUGAUUCGACCGCCAAUCACCGUACACCAGCUGGACAUCUGUUCGUCGAAAACGCCCAGACACCAAGCACCUGCAUACCGUGAUCCCGCAGUCAAGCCUAUUCCCUACUUACUAACUAAGUUACUCUGAACAACGCACAUAUGCGUGUUGUCCAGUAAGUGUCCCAGAAGAAACACCGAUUACAAUGCCC